AUGGCAUCCCGAAGCGUGCACAUCGUGCUGAGCGUAGCAUGGCAGGAUGCUGGAGACACCACACGUGCCAUUGCGAUGGCUGUCGCUUUGCGGGACAUGUGUCCGCCCGAUAUCGACCUAAAGAUCGACUUCCUCUCUUGCGGCGCGCGGUUCGAAUAUCAGAUCACAGACGCUGGGUUCAACAUCGUCCCAGCUCAACCACGCGUGAAGGGUAUAUCUGUAGCGCACGACCUUGGAUGGGACUGGCCUGAGUUUUUCGGAUCGGAAGAAAUUGCGAAGUCUUUCAUCGACGGCCAACUUGCGGCAUUCAGAGAAUUGAAACCCGACAUUGUGUUCCACGGCAUGUGGGCUCCAGCUUCUAUCGCUGCACGACUCCUGGGCAUUCGGACAAUCAACUUUCUUCCAGUGCCAUUGCAUCCUGGAGCUUUUGCACAUGGCUUGAUUCGCGAUCUUCCGGAUAUGAUGCCCUUGUUCACAAGGCUUCCUCGACCGUUCCGGCAGCGCAUGGCAUGGUGGGGUAGUGGUCUGAUGAUCAACGCUCCUAUUUUCCAACAGAAGCGCCUUGGAGCUGCGGCUGCUGCCUGUGGAUGGCCAAUCAAAGGUCCCAUCUCACUUUUCGACAUGAACAUGGCCGACCUCAACUUGGUUAACGACCAUCCCAUAUUUCACCAAGAAUAUUUGCACCGCAUCCCAAAGAACAUCGUCCUUACAGGUCCCUUGUAUGCGCGAAACGACUCAAAGCUGGACGAAGACAUCGCAAGUCAUCUGACAAAGGGGUCUGGCCCGUCCAUCCUAGUUACCAUGGGAAGCUCAGGAACAGAAGAGUUCUUGUUCGAAGCGAUCAAGGCUCUGAGGAUGAACCCUGAAGACAACUGGAACGCAGUCGUGCUGGCUUCAAAAUCGAUCUGCGACAUCGGCAAGGCCAACGAAAUUGCGGGCGGAGACGCACGCCUGCUGGUGACUGAUCGGUUCAUCCCAGCACCCGCCGCCAAUGCGCUUGCCGAUUUGAUCGUAACACAUGGAGGUCAAGGUACUGUGCAAUGCGCCUUGGCGGCAGGAAAGCCUAUAGUCGGUGUUGCGCUACAAGUCGAGCAGCAAACGAACUUAGACAACGCCAUGAAUGCUGGAGCAGGUAUCCGUGUGCAAAAACAGUCCUGGAAAGCCAAGAAUAUUCGCAACACGGUUCUGAAGGUGCUGAAUGAUCCGUCGUAUGCCGCGAAAGCGAGGAUGCUAGCGGAUACCUUAAAUUCGAUGGAUGGCGCGAAGACGGCGGCGGAGGUGAUGUGGAAGUUUAUCGUCGAAGAACAGACAGAAAAGGUUAAGCUUCAGGCUCCAUGA